AUAACUGAGUUUGCAGGGAGACAGCAAGCAAAGUUGUGUCGGGGAUGUCUUCAUGAUCUACAGCGAAAUCAGAUCCCUCGGUUUUCCUUAUCAAACAAAAUGUGGAUAGGAAACAUACCCAACAUACUCUCUCGUCUCACAAUGCCAGAGCAGCUCCUAAUAUCCCCCAUUUAUCCACGCUGCUUCAUCUUCAAAAUGUACCCAAAGGGUGGACGCCGAGACGAUGUCACUCGCUUACAAUCAGGCUUGCAUGGCAACGUAACAAGCUUUCCUAUGAAUACAGCAGAUAUCCUCAGUAUGCUGGAAGGGAAAAAAUUGCCCCGUCCCAUGUGCAUACUUGCUUCUAUCAUAUCCAUAACAUAUGUGGGUGUUGGCAACUUGCCAGAGCAUUGGCUCAAGACCACAUUUCACAUUCGACAAAGGGUAGUAUUAGAGGCCCUUCAAUGGUUGAUGGAGCACAACAAGUGCUUCUCGGAGUAUGAGAUAGAUGAGGACAUUAUGAAGUCGCUGCCGGAAGAUGAUGUGCCUCUGGAGAUA